GUUAUAUAAGUUUUGCUUUUAAUAGAAAAAUCCUUUUAAACAUUUACACGAAUUUGUUUUAUUUCACAUAUUAUUAACGUCGCUAUCGAUGUCUGUUCGGGUCUAUCGCUGUCUGAAGAGUUUGGAUCCAUUCAAAGCUGUCAUAUAUCUAAUGGAUUUCGCCAUUUGUGGCAUUAAUGCUCACAACAACUUCGAGGACCUGAAGAAAUACGACGGCUCGUCAAAAAUUAAUGGCAAUUCAGAUAUUGGCAAACGUAACAAGAAUUUAUCAAUGGAUCAGCAUUUGGCACAAAAAAAUUCACAUUUCGUUGAAUUGAGUACAAUAUCUGAAGAUAACGAACAGAUCUCGUCGGAGAAGAACACCACAAUCCCGUGCUCACUACUGCGGACACGGCUGUGGAGUAGGCAUAAUAUAUUGUCCGCCUGUGCCGACACCUCAUCCACUCUCGUCAGUUCCAUGGCGUCCAUCAAAUUAGAUGAUAAUAAUGCCAACGAUUCCCAUAAACAAUGUGAAAGUGUUGUCUGA